AGCUCCUCCAAUCCGAUCCUGUAUUUACGAAUCAAAUACCGUUAAACAGUUGUUCAUACAAAUAAUGUAAACCACAUAUACCCACUCUUCCUCUCCUUAAAUUUUCUCCUUCACAUCAUAAUAUUCUUGCAUGCAUGCAAUUAAGCAAUUCUGAUCUCUAUACUAUAUAUACACCGUACCGAUCGAUCGAGCUGCAAAUUAAAGCAUUAAACAUGGACGUUGCAGUAGGAAACUUUGAGGGAUCCCAGCCCAACAACGGAGACGUGGUUUGCCCCAACGGCGGUGUUUCCGCCGUUUCUCCGCCCACCACCACCCCGCCGGACGCCACCCUGGGCCGCCACAUUGCCCGUCGGCUGGUGGAGAUAGGCGUGAGAGACGUGUUCACGGUGCCGGGAGACUUCAACCUGACGCUGCUGGACCACCUGAUUGCGGAGCCGAGUCUUAACAACAUUGGGUGCUGCAACGAGCUGAAUGCGGGGUACGCCGCCGACGGCUAUGCCAGGCAGCGGGGAGUCGGCGCUUGCGUCGUCACCUUCACGGUGGGCGGGCUUAGCGUGCUUAACGCCAUUGCCGGUGCUAAUAGCGAGAACCUUCCCGUGAUUUGUUUGGUGGGUGGGCCUAAUACUAACGAUUAUGGAACUAAUAGGAUUUUGCAUCACACCAUUGGAUUGGCUGAUUUUAGCCAGGAGUUCAGGUGCUUCCAGACUGUUACUUGCUAUCAGGCUUUGAUCAACCACUUGGAUGAUGCGCAUGAACAAAUUGAUACAGCAAUCUCCACAGCUCUCAAAGAAAGCAAACCUGUGUAUGUGAGUAUAAGUUGCAACCUUGCUGGCAUUCCUCAUCCAAGUUUCAGCAGGGAGCCCAUUCCAUUUAACAUUUCACCCAGAUUGAGCAAUAAGUUGGGGACAGAGGCGGCUGUGGAGGCGGCAGCCGCCUUCCUGAACAAGGCGGUGAAGCCCGUGAUGGUGGGAGGGCCAAAGCUGAGAGUUGCCAAGGCCUGCGAGGCUUUCGUCGAGUUCGCUGAUGCUAGUGGCUAUCCUAUAGCAGUGAUGCCCUCCGGCAAAGGGCUAGUCCCGGAACAGCACCCUCAUUUCAUCGGCACCUACUGGGGUGCAGUGAGCACUGCCUUCUGUGGAGAAAUCGUCGAAUCUGCAGACGCUUAUCUGUUUGCCGGACCAAUCUUUAACGACUACAGCUCUGUCGGUUACUCCCUCCUCCUCAAGAAGGAGAAGGCGGUCAUCGUGCACCCUGACAGAGUUGUGAUUGGGAACGGUCAGACUUUCGGAUGCGUGCUCAUGAAAGAUUUCUUCACGGAGCUAGCGAAAAAGAUUAAGAAAAACAACACUGCUUAUGAGAACUAUUCCCGGAUCUAUAUUUCUGAAGGGAGUCCUCUCAAAUCCUUGCCCACUGACCCUCUUAGGGUCAAUAUCAUGUUCCAGCACAUUCAGAAGAUGCUUUCCUCUGAUACUGCAGUCAUUGCUGAGACUGGGGAUUCCUGGUUCAAUUGUCAAAAGCUAAAGUUACCAACAGGAUGUGGGUACGAGUUUCAGAUGCAGUAUGGUUCAAUUGGAUGGUCAGUUGGUGCCACUUUGGGAUAUGCACAAUCUGUGCCCAGCAAAAGGGUGAUUGCAUGUAUAGGCGAUGGCAGCUUUCAGGUUACGGCUCAAGAUAUUUCAACAAUGAUGCGGUGCAACCAGAAGACCAUCAUAUUCUUGGUCAACAAUGGAGGAUACACAAUUGAGGUGGAAAUCCACGACGGCCCUUACAAUGUCAUCAAGAACUGGAACUACACCGGGCUAGUCGAUGCCAUCUGCAACGGGGAAGGCAAAUGCUGGACAACAAAGGUGUUCACUGAGGAGGACCUGAUCAAAGCAAUAGAAACAGCAACAGGGGAGAAGGCAGAUUGUCUGUGUUUCAUUGAAGUCAUAGUCCACAAGGAUGAUACCAGCAAAGAGCUACUCGAAUGGGGUUCCAGAGUAGCAUCUGCCAAUGGCCGCCCACCCAACCCUCAGUGAACAACAUUCAGAGCUAGGUUUAAUCAAAUAAUUCAUAAACAGAUUCAUACUCCACUUUUACAAUUGCAACUUUUUUUUAACAAAACCGCAAACAAAAUUUUCACAAAGCUUUGAGAGUAAUUGAGAUAAUACCAUAAUCAUUUCUGAUUUGCAGAUAAUAUCCCUUUCAUUCAAUGGUCAUUUUCAAGACCAUCAUGUGUUUAGAUGAAUUCAGCACUACUGCACUUCUAUAAUAACAACAUUUUUAACAAAACAGCAAAAAACAAUUUGAGAGAUUAAUCAUUUCUGAUUUGCAGAUAAUAUCACUUUCAUUCAAUGGUCAUUCUCAAGACUAUCAUGUGUUUAGAUGAAUUCAGCACUACUGCACUUCUAUAAUAACAACAUUCUUAACAAAACAGCAAAA